AUGCAAAGUGUGCAAUCAAGUGACAUACCGCUUCGCGACAAAGCUUCAAUCUCCCACCCUCCGGCCACACGUGAAGCCCCUUAUCAUCCCUCACGCCCGGCCACUGACGCCGAGUCCGUGAUUCAUUUCGCGUGGGGGCUUGGGCCCAAUCCCGCCCGGCCUCGUGGCCUCCCUUCAACGCCUACAAAUCUACCAACAAGCCAAUUCACAUUCCCUGUACUCCCACUUGUCUAUCUCUCCAUCGGUCCGUCUUUUCUCCCAUUCAUUCAGGCUGUCUACCGGCUCUUAGAUGGAUGA